CCAUAUUUACUUUGUUUAUAGGAUAAAAACAAGAAGCUACGUCCCCUGUAUGACAUUCCCUACAUGUUUGAGGCCCGGGAAUUUCUUCGAAAAAAGCUUAUUGGAAAGAAGGUCAAUGUGACUGUGGACUACAUUAGACCAGCCAGCCCAGCCACAGAGACAGUGCCUGCCUUUUCAGAGCGUACCUGUGCUACUGUCACCAUUGGUGGAAUAAACAUUGCUGAAGCACUUGUCAGCAAAGGUCUAGCCACAGUGAUCAGAUACCGGCAGGAUGAUGACCAGAGAUCCUCACACUAUGAUGAGUUGCUAGCUGCAGAAGCCAGAGCUAUUAAGAAUGGCAAAGGAUUGCAUAGCAAGAAGGAAGUGCCCAUCCACCGUGUUGCAGACAUUUCUGGGGAUACCCAAAAAGCAAAGCAGUUCUUGCCCUUUCUUCAGCGGGCAGGCCGUUCGGAAGCUGUGGUGGAAUACGUCUUCAGUGGUUCUCGUCUUAAACUCUAUUUGCCAAAGGAAACUUGCCUUAUCACUUUCUUGCUGGCAGGCAUUGAAUGCCCCCGAGGAGCCCGAAACCUGCCAGGAUUGGUGCAGGAAGGAGAGCCAUUCAGCGAGGAAGCCACCCUUUUCACCAAGGAACUGGUGCUGCAGCGAGAGGUAGGGCUUCUCCCAGUGACUUCCUGUAUGGGAGGGGCGAGAACAUAGGGCACCUUUGGUCCGAUGCUUUCCUGCCAUGUCAGAGAUAGUCUAUCACCUUUUCCACUGCUCAGCCAUGCACAUCCAUAAGCCAUUCUUGUGUCUGCCCCCACAUCUUAUUUUCUU